AUGAGGAUUCAGUUGGCCUGUGAGUGGGUGGAGGAGAACCGACACCACUUUUCUGGGCACUUGACUUCCAAUAACAUUGAGGAUGAGACUUAUGCUGGUGCAGUGGGCCCUGGGUUCCUCUUGGUGCAUGAUAAUGCCCGGCCUCAUGUGGCUAUAGUGUGUAGGCAGUUUUUAGAUGAAGAUGGCAUUGAUGCAACUGAUUGGCCCUCACAUUCCCCAGACCUGAAUCCAAUUGAGAACCUCCGAUACAUUAUGUAUUGGAUCAUCCGAAGCCGCCAAGCAGCACUACAAACUAUCCAGGAGCAGGAGAUCCCCCAGGACACCAUCAAGCAUUUCAUCAGGAGUGGCCCCAGACAUUGUCGAAAUCUGAGGAUUGUGCUGCUGGGUAAAACUGGAUCAGGAAAGAGUGCAACAGGAAACACAAUCCUGGGCAGAAAUGCAUUUUUUGAGGACUUCAAUCCAGAAUCAGUUACUCAAGAUUGUGAGAUAAAAAACACAAGAAUAGGUUCAAGGGCUGUCACCGUAAUUGACACUCCAGGGCUGUUUGACACAUUGAUCGGUGAAAAGAAGGAUAAGAAACCUGGCAAACAGAUGACUGAAGAAAAUCUGAAGGCUGAAAUAGAGAAGUGUCUGAAGAUGUCUGCUCCUGGUCCUCAUGUGUUCCUGCUGGUCAUCAGACUGGAUCAGAGGUACACAGAUGAAGAGAAGAACGCAGUCAAAUGGGUUCAGCACAACUUUGGAGAAGAAGCGUCACGCUACGUCUUCACUCUCUUCACUCAUGCUGAUUAUCUGAAGAAUAAAACACUAAAGGAUCAUAUAGAGGAGAAUGAAGAUCUGCGACAGUUUGUUAUCAGUUGUGCUGGCAAAUAUCAUUCAUUAGAAAAUGACAACAGAGAGAAUCCGUCUCAGGUCACAGAACUACUGGAAAAGAUAGAUAAAAUGGUGGAGAGAAAUGAAGGAAAGUACUACACUCGUUCAAU